GGCGUGUCUGGGAAUCCCAAUCUCCGCCUCCACCCCGCACCUGCGCCUAAAACCCUAGCUCGCCUCCGCCGCCCCGCCCAGCCCCCAUGGCGCCGAAGAAGCGGAAGGCGGAUCCGGCGGCGGCCGUCGCCGACGCCGCCGCCCACCACGAGCAGCCGGAGCAGAAGCCCCGCAUCGGGACCAUCUACUACCCCAUCACCGACGACCCCCCGGAGCCGGCCGCGGACGCCGCCGCCGCCGCCGCCGCCGCGCUGGAGGACGAGGACCUCUCCUACGACUACGAGGAGGAGGACGUCACCAAGCUGCUCGAGCCGCUCUCCCGGGAGCAGCUCGUGGCGCUUCUCCGGGCGGCCGCCGAGUCGAGCCCCGCGACCAUGGCGGCCGUGCGCCGCGCGGCCGAGUGCGACCCCGCCAGCAGGAAGCUCUUCGUGCACGGCCUCGGCUGGGGCGCCGGCGUCGAGGACCUCCGCUCGGCCUUCUCCCGCUUCGGCGAGCUCGAGGACUGCCGCGUCAUCACGGACAAGCAGUCGGGCAAGUCCAAGGGCUACGGCUUCGUCCUCUUCCAGUCCCGCACCUCGGCGCUCCGCGCCCUACGCCGCCCCCAGCUUAGCAUCGGCGGCCGUCUCGCCUUCUGCCACCUCGCCGCCUCGGGCCCCGCGCCCCCGGCCUCCCAGUCCCAGAACCCUAGCUCCAACGCCAGCUCCGGCGCCGCCAACAACAGCGCCCCCGCUUCCUCGUCCUCGCAGGCUGACAACAUGCAGCGCAAGAUCUUUGUUGGCAACGUGCACGCCGAUGUCGAUGUUAAUCGCCUCUAUGAGUACUUCUCGCAGUUUGGUGAGAUUGAGGAGGGGCCGCUGGGCUUUGACAAGAGCACUGGCAAGCCCAAGGGGUUUGCUCUGUUCGUUUACAAGUCUGUGGACAGUGCUCGCCGCGCCCUGGAGGAGCCCAUGAGGAGUUUUGAUGGCAAGAUGCUCAAUGUGCAGAAGGCCAUAGAUGGGAGGACAAAGGGCACAUCUGGGUCCAACUCUAGUGCUAACAAUGCCAAUGCCACCGCCGCUUCUACACAAAUGACCGUGCCCUCUAUUGCCGCCAUUAAUCCAUAUGAUCCAUCAGCAUAUGGUGCCGCUGCUGUUCAUGACAUGGGGUUCGCCCAGCAAGCUGCCUUGCUGGGGAUGGGUGCACAGCAGCAAGCGUUUGCGCAGCCCAAUACUGCAAUGCUGGCAAUGAUGGCAGCUGCGAUGCAGAACCCAGCCAUGCUUGCAUCGCUAAAUCCAGCUUUUGCUGCUGCUGCACUGGGUGCCGGUGGGCAAGCUGGCAUUCCUGGUUUUGGAGCUCAGGGCUUUGGGACACAAGGGUUUGGGGCUGCUGGUAUCAAUUUUCCAAAUGCAUCAGGUCUUCAGGGAGCUGCAGCAUAUCAAGGAGGGCCUCCUGGUUUUCAGGGGUCACCUGGCUUCCCGACUUCUGCUGGGUUUCAGGUUGGCCAAGCAGCUUCCCAAUCGGGUACUACUGCUGCGGCCACUGGUGCUGCUGCUUAUCAGACUGGGGCUGCUGGGCAGGGCCAAGUGUCCAAUUCACAGAUUGGUGGUACUGGUUUUCAGGGUGGCUAUUGACAGCACUA